CAUCCAAAAAUAUUUAAUACAUUUCAGUUGGUAUUCUAUAGUUUAGCAGUGCGAUUAAAACUGCGAUUCAUCACAAUUAAUUUUUUAAAUUGUGAUUAAUUGUUUGAGUUAAUCGCAUGAGUUAGCUGCGAUUAAUAGACAGCCCUAAAUAAACUAUAUUAUGGCAUCCUUUCUGUGCAUUGAGUACCUUAUCAAAAUAUAACUGCUAAUAAACAUUUGUAUAAGAGAGGGUAAGUAUCAGUCUCGUUAGCAAUGAGAACUAUGCCCCUGAGGUCAGUAGGGUUAAACAUGUUAUUUGCUGAUGGUGAACCUAGCCCAGAGUUUCACUCUUCUUAAUCCCACAAUUUGGCAAUUUUAAAUGCAUUAGUGCUGGCUAGUUGUUGGAGUUGGGACCACAGCAUUACUGAAUUGCUGUGUACUUGGCUGACUGCUUAACCUCGCUGAACCUCUGCCCGUUUGUAAAAGGGAAAUAUCUACCUCUGAGGAUGGUGUGAGCUGUGUAUCUUUAAUACUUAGUAUCUGGAUGAAUAUAUUAUUAUAUAACAGUAUUCUGAUGCAGUAAAAAUACUUUAAAUUAUUUAAACCAUUUUUAAUUAGCAGUGCCAUAAGGUUUUUUUGUUUUUUUUUUUUUCUAAAUAUUUAACAAAGCUUAGGAAGCAGUAUGAAAAUUUACACGGAAGUUCCACUGAAAUGACUGGGAUACUCCAACUAUUGGUUAAAUAAAUGAUUAUUUAAACAAAAAAAUUAAGAUAGGUUAUCAAUUUUAAAUAAAUUUAUGUUAAGGCCUGAAUGUAUUAUAAUGUAUUAAUCAAUUGAAUAAAAAUAUGAAUCAGUAAAUGUUUGCUGCUGAAGUUUUAAAGAAAAUCAAACUUCUGUAUUGGUGGAAGUCUUUCGAUAAGCACCUGGAAUGGGAGUAUGUUGAAGUGCUAAUCCAGUUUUUGACAGCAGUAGCCUUUUCUACAGGUGCAGUGAGAAUAUUUUCUUUUCAGUUUAUUCAACCAGGUCAGUUCAAUGGCUAGUUUAUUCAAAGUUAAGAAACCAGUGGCAGUUGAAAAAGCAGGAAAGCUUGUUUUCCUCUUCCACUAUAUGAAUAAAAACUAGGUGUCAGACAAUGAGAUCAAAAAUCUUGAAGGUCAUUGUGACCAGAAACAAUCAAUUAAAUCCACUAGUUACAGGUAAUAUUUCCUUUGUUUAAUAAAUCAAUUAGUUUUAAAUGUAGAACGUGUUUUGAUAAACUUACUUUUUUCUUAUAUAUCCAGCAUAACCAAGGUAGUUUUAUUUAACUAAUAAAGGAAUUAAUUGUGGUUUUUGUGCAUUUUCAGUUGAACUGUAGUUUUAUCCUAAUAAAACUUGACACAAAUCAUGAGGAAAAAUUAAUCUAGUAAAUAAGAAAUGCAUAAAUCACCAUUCUCUAGUGUAAAAAUUAAGAAUAUGAAAUAUGUGUUAAGCUAUAGAAUUGCUUAAAUAAAUAUUAUUACUUCUGAGGGAAUUCUGCACCACACAGAAUUCAUAUCCCCCGCAGAUUUCUUUGCUUCCCUGCAGAAAAUGAUGGGGAAGCAAAGGAAAAUGGAAGAGUUGUCUCCUCUCCCCGGCAGCACAGGCGCUUUGUUUCCGUCACCCAGAGCAAGCUGGCAGAGAGGUGAACCUAGAGAUCCUGCUGAACACUGAUGACUAAGGCUUGGUCUACACUUAAAAUUGAAGUCAACCUAGCUACAUUGCACGGGAGUGUGAAAAAUCCACAUCUCUGACUGAGGGUGAAUCCUCUCCAGAGUUUACUUUUGGAUGAAAGCAUGCUCUCUUUCCAGUAGAAGAUGGUGACCUUGGAGUAUGAUCAUGGAGAAGGGGAUGAGUUCAGUAGAAGUGUUACCUUCCAAAUCAUCCCAGGUUACUGCCGUGAAGGUGAUAGUGAAGGAGCAUGAAACAAAAUCGAUCCAAAAAGGGAAACGAGUGGGAUUUGUGCUUGUACAUGCAGGUGCAGGUUAUCAUUCUGAAUCCAAAGCUAAAGAAUACAAACAUGUUUGCAAAAGAGCCUGUCAGAAGGCAAUUGAAAAACUACAGGCUGGUGCUCUUGCAACUGAUGCAGUGACUGCGGCACUAAUCGAACUAGAGGAUUCCCCCUUUACAAAUGCAGGAAUGGGAUCUAACCUAAACCUUUUGGGUGAGAUAGAAUGUGAUGCCAGUAUAAUGGAUGGAAAGUCAUUAAAUUUUGGAGCAGUUGGAGCACUGAGUGGAAUCAAGAAUCCUGUUUCAGUUGCAAAUAGGUUGUUGUGUGAAGGGCAGAAGGGAAAACUCUCUGCUGGCAGAAUUCCACCUUGCUUUUUGGUUGGUGAAGGAGCUUACAGAUGGGCAGUUGAUCAUGGGAUACCAGCAUGUUCGCCAGGUAUCAUGACUACAAGGUUUAGUUUAGCAGCUUUUAAGAGGAACAAAAGGAAGCUGGAGCUGGCAGAAAAGGUGGAAACAGAUCUUAUUCAGCUAAAGAAAAGAAGACAAUCAAGUGAAAAGGAGAAUGACUCAGGAACACUGGAUACAGUUGGUGCGGUCGUUGUUGACCAAGAAGGAAAUGUUGCUGCUGCUGUCUCCAGUGGAGGCUUGGCUUUGAAGCAUCCUGGAAGAGUUGGUCAGGCAGCUCUUUAUGGAUGUGGCUGCUGGGCUGAAAAUAUUGGAGUUCAUAACCCUUAUUCCACAGCUGUGAGUACUUCAGGUUGUGGAGAGCACCUUGUAAGGACCAUACUGGCCAGAGAAUGUUCACGUGCUUUGCAAACAGAAGAUGCCCACCAGGCUCUGCUAGAGACUAUGCAAAACAAGUUUAUUAGUUCACCUUUUCUAGCCAAUGAAGAUGGUGUACUCGGUGGAGUGAUAGUUCUUCGAUCUUGCAGAUGUUCUGCAGAGCCUGACUCUUUACAAGAAAAGCAGACUCUACUAGUGGAGUUCUUGUGGAGUCAUACAACAGAGAGCAUGUGUGUAGGAUAUAUGUCAGCACAGGAUGGCAAAGCAAAGUCUGCAGUGAUUGAGAAUUCUUUCCUCGUGAUCUCUGCUCCAGGACCAGUGCUAGGAAAACGUAUACUGAUCCCGAAAACAUUUGUAAUGGGCUGCCAAAAUGUUUCUCAUUUUGGCGCAUUGUAAGCAGUGGGCCUUGACAGCUUUUGUGUCACUUCGUUUAUUAAAAUAAUUUACCUUCCCCACAUACCAUAUUUGUUGUGUGGUUGAAUGUUCACGGUGUAUUAUUAAAAACCUCUCCAUAGUUCCACAAAUCUUAAAAUAUAUAAUUAAUUUGUGACUCCUAUACACAUCUCUCUCCCAGAGAAACCUGAGUUGCUGGUUUCAUCCCAUGCUGUUAGAAAUUGCUGAUUACAUCACUUCCUCCAUUUUCAAGUCAGCUAAUUGGGCAAAACACUGGUCCAUUUUUAAAGACUCCCUCCCUUUGUAAUGGGUGAUCCUUGAGAUGCGUAAAUGUUUAGCCCAUCUGCUGUUAAUUUCACUGGCUCGAGGCUCCUUACCAUGACUGGACUUGCAAGGGUUUACAAAAACUGGUUUUUAUAAAAAUCAAGGGGACAGAUCCUGAAAUGAGGGACAGUCCUUUCGUUUAGGGACAUAUGAUGACCUGCCCUGAUCAACUGAUUCUGAUAAAACCAAGAAGCUGAGAGAUCUGCAUGUUUUCCUUUUGAAAUCUGAUUAAUCUUCAUACAAUAAACUGAAUUCCAGUGGGUAAGGUUUCAUGUUUAGUACGUAUGCAUGACUGACUGACUGGGACUCAAGUGAGCUAAAUGUCGCUAGCAGUGGAGUUCUCAACAAACUAAUUUAAGUGUUUAUUACUCCUUUUCACACACUGCAAUUUUCUUUUUCUUUAAUGAGAAUGCAGGUACCAACUGUUUAAUUGUGGUUUUAUUGAUAGAUUCACUUUUCAUGGAGAUCUGCAAGUUAAACAUUUGCCUAGAAAUAGUCUCUUUCCUGGCCAUCACAUUCCAACUACAGAAGCCCUGCAUGUUAAAAACGCCCAUUGCAUGAGUUAUAGCAACAUUUUAAUAAAUACUUUACAAAAAUAAUGCAAGUUUUUUAAAUCACUGACAACUCCUUAUUCCUUCCCCACAAAAAAACUCUUUAAAGAAUAGCUUUUUCUGUAUAAUACUGUGCAGUCAGGACAUGCUGGAAGGAAAAAGAAUUAAGAAGGUGACUUGUACCCCAGUGAAUAUGUUCAAAAGUCCAUAUUCGUUUCUCCUUUUUAAAAAGUGCACUUAUCUCUUUAUAGCAGAACCCUUCUAAUUACAUGUAGGAAUUAAGAAAUCCCAGUUAUCUCCUAGGUUUUUGUCAACAUCCUUUUCCUUUUAACUGCACUCUUCAGCCUCAGCAAAUUUUGGCCCUUUAGUCCUUGAUCCUGCAAAGACUUACUUACACUGUUUCUUUCUUUGUACACACUGUGUGGCAGAUUCUCUAGUGGUGUGAACUGUCAUGACUACAUUCCCUUCCAUGGAGCUAUGACCAUUCAUAGCAGCUGUAGAUCUGCCCCUGUGCAUAGUCCCAUUGAAGUCACUGACUAUGCACAGUGUGGGAAGUUAAGCACAUUCAUGUCUUUGCAGAAUCUGAGGCCUUAUUUUGGAUUCUUCUGGUGUAGCCCAAAGGAACAUGGCAGCUGCAUCUCCUGGAAACCCUACCACAUAUAUACAGCUAACACCUGAGUGACUGGAAGGGCAAUGGAAGCUUCAUCUGAGAAUGAUUAAUGUUGGUUUAUUGAUCUUCAGCAUUUCUACCUGUUUUCUCCUCCAAUAAUCAAGAUCUUUCCCUCCCAACAAUCCUUCCCCUCUUCUUAAAGAUAUGAUUAAAUACUUUCAUUAAUACAGCUCCAGUGAAAGUGUUAUUUUUAACAGCUGUGUUUAUAUUAAAUAAGUUACAUAUAAAAACUGUUUAUGAGAGUUUAGGCUUUUUGGCCCUGAUACAAAAAAAACCCCUGUCCAUGUGGCAAAGCAGGUAAGUUUGUUCUUAUCUCUAAGCACAUGUUUAAGUCCCAUUGACUAUAAUGGAUUUAAGCAUGUGCUUAAGUGCUUUGCUGACUCAGGGCCUUUGAGCCUGAUUCGCAUUUCACUUCCCCUAACUUUACCCUGCAAUUAGGAACCGAUCGUGCAUGAUUUAAAAUCAAUAGGCUUUAAAACUGACUUUAAUGGGAGCAGGAUCAGAGCUUUACUGAUUUACACUGAUGUAAAAUCUGUAUCAAGCCCUUUAUUCAGCAUGAAUUUAUUCACACUAUUUUUCCCUGUGGGUUUUUCUUUCUUUUGAAAUAAA